AGCUGUUUUUUAUAGCUACUCUAUUCACGACUACCUCAUUUAAAGUGGUGUUUGAAACCCUCCAGAGGGACCGACACACCCAAUAGAGAGUGGUUCAGAAUAAGCGAAUCAUUCGCCGAUCACACUGUUGCAGCUGCCCGGAAAGCUAGUUGACAAGUGGCUAGCCGUAGCCAGGGGAAUAACAGCGAAUCGUUGACUAGCUAAUGUGUUUAGCUGCCGUAUUUACACAAUCCCAGCUAGAGCAUUAGCAGCAAGCGGAGGAAAAUUGACCAGAACUGGCGGAUUAGAGAUGGAAGGAGAUGACUGCAGUUUUCCUCUAGAUUCAUCAGAUGAUCACUCGCAAAGAGGAAGUGUUGCUUCCUCUGCAACACUUUCCCGUGCUCAAGAUGUGCUUAUAUACCUGUUUGGUGAGAGCGCAGUACACCUAACAGUAGAAGGCCUUGGCAGUGUCAAUGUGCAGGAGUUGGGCCGCAGUGUUCGCGAGGCUCUCCAUAUUCCUGAGUCUGCACAGGAUGCUUUUGCCUUCUGGCUUUGUUCUCCACUGCUCGAUUUGCAGUUAAAGGCAAGGCAUCAACCAUACAAACUGUGCCGGCAGUGGCAGGACCUGCUGUAUCGCUUCACUGAAGCCUCAGAGGAAGACAUUUCCCAAGAUGAACCAUAUCUCCAGUUCCGUCGGAAUGUGUUUUAUCCUAAAUCUAAAGAGCUGCAGAUCGGUGAUGAGGCCGUGCUGAGGCUUCUGUAUGAGGAGGCCAGGAGCAACAUCCUCACAGGUCGAUACCCCUGCGACCCCGAACACUGGAUGGGACUCGGCGCCUUGUCUUUUGCUCUUGAUGAGGGAACUGGUCUUGACGGUGAACAGUUUACUGCUAUUAUAAGAGAGAAGAAGCUAUCUUCUUUUCUGCCUGCGCAUGCUGCCAUGGGGAGUGGAGGUUUGUUCUCCACUCUGAGAGGGAAGUCGAGCCGUCAGGCAGGGCUGGAGCAGAAACUGUUGGAGGCGUACAGAAAGAUCAGCACAUCUGCUGGAAAGUCUCCUGAGCCCACACAGCUCCUACACCAGUACCUCAAUACAUGUCACAAUCUGCCUUAUUAUGGGUGUGCUUUCUUCCUGGGGGAGAUUGACAAACCAGCGCAAGGGAUUCUUCAAAGGGGAAAACGCAAAGCUGUCAGCGUUGGGAUCUGCCUGGAGGGGGUUUAUGUGAUGGAUGUCAAAGAGAAGCAUGUGCUACUUGGCCUGCGUUUCAAUGAGCUUUCCUGGGACCACAGCUACCCUGAGGAGGAGGGGGACUCGCACAUUCUGUGGCUGGAGUUCGAUGGAGAGGAAGACGGCACUCCUGUCAACAAGUUGCUAAAGAUCUACUCAAAACAAGCAGAGCUAAUGAGCGGCUUUAUCGAGUUCUGUGUGGAGCUGAAGUCUGCGUCCGAGGGAGGAGCUGCAGCCGAAAUGGACGGUGAGGUGAAUCUGCCUCAGCAGCCUGCCGGGCAAGAAGGCAGCAACAAGAACGGACGUGGAGGACGGCGUGGGAUGCUACAUAGGCAAAACAGUGUUGUGUGCAGCCGGGUCCAUUCACUUAACACUAUCAGCUACGUGGACAAUGGAAAAGAAAUCAAACGCUUGAAGCCGAAAAGGGCCGCAUCCUUUUUUACCCGGCAGGCGUCUGCACCCACGUACUCUGCUGUGCAAGUGACAGAGAGUCUGGAGCAGGGUUAAUGUAUCAGCUCCACCCUAUGCCUCUGAAAGACCAAACCUGAACAUUUUACACUGAGAUUGAAAGACUUGAUACAAGCUCGAGACAUUUUACUGAUAAUAUAUGAACAAGCAAAGGACCAAGUGAGGGAUCUAAGUGUGAGUGACAAUAUUUAUCUUUUGAAGUUGUGUAUAUUAAGAGAGUACAGUAAUGUGAAAAAUGAACAGAUCUAUUAACAGCGAAGCAUCCGAGGUUAAAGUGAAGAGUCUAUUCAUUAGAUGGCUAUUGCUUCAUAAGUCUGAGACGAGCCUUAGAGAAAUCCUCAGGCAACGACUCCAUUCGAUGACUGUAUGAUAUCUCAUGACCUUUCUGCAGCGCUCUUGAGCUGUUGUAUAUUAUUCAAAAAUGUUAAACCUCAUACGACUAUAACCACUGCAUUACCUCUUGAACUCAUAUUGGGGUUUUGAACAUCGAGAACACCUCAAUAUAUCCCCAUACAACAUUAAACAUUUUGUAACUCCUCCUCAAAGCUGCAAGAGUUAGAACAAACUCUUUACAGUCAGCAUGACAAACACUUUCAGGGGACGAUCUGAGGGCGUGUUCCCACUAUUCUGCUUUUUCAAACUGCCAGUGCCUUGUUCUCAUGAAAGGGUGAAGACACUUUAGAAAAGUAGUGGUAGAAGCGUUGAGUGGUUGCCGUUAUUGAUCAGAAAGAGUCCGUAUGGGAGCACAUGGUCUGUGCUGUGGACGUCUCUUGUAAGUAAAUGAUUUUAAUAGUUUGACAUGAUUUAAUAUCUGCAGCUGGUUAUCGUGGAAGCGCAGGUGGAACAUCCCACUUUUUUUUUUUUAGUAAAAGCGAAAUGGCCUGAAUGUAAAAUGACAAAUUCACAGUAGGGAGUCCUCAGUGGGGAGCAUGAAUUGAUUUGCACCAAUGAAAGUCAAAAACCACCCAAACUGUAAGUUAGUAAAAAUGAAUUUAAUAAAAGCUCUAUUAAUUCCAGUUAAUGUACCAUACCAGUUAGAAUUUCAUACUCAACUUUUAAUGUCUAAAUUGUCACAGUACAAGGUCUUAACUAUUACUUGCCUGAUCAGCAAAGUAAAACUGGUGCAAUAGCGCACUUGUGCAACUUCUGACAUGAGAGAGACUAAAAAUAAUUCUGUUCAGCACUACUUUUAACCUACGGACUCAAAAACUAGUCUGGCAAAUUCAGACUGCAGCCUUCAUGUCUAAAUUUCGGUUGGACAUUUGAAAUGAUUGUUUUCAUUGCAAACACAAUCACAAUUGACAUUAUCUGAAAGAAGACGGGGAACACUAUGUCGACGCCAGUUUUCAGCUUUGUGACACUGCAUUUUUACACACUCCUAUGUGGGUUUUUCAUGGGUUAUUUUGUUUUAAAAAAUAUAAAAAAAAAAUUAUUUCCCAUAAAGGAACAUUAAAUGCUUCAGUUUAUCUGAGAUACGUGGUUUUCACUGGGCAGUGACUGUGUGUGUGUGUGUGUGUGUGUGUGUGUGUGUGUGUGUGUGUGUGUGUGUGUGUGUGUGUGUGUGUGUGUGUGUGUGUGUGUGUGUGUGUGUGUGUGUGUGUGUGUGUGUGUGUGUGUGUGUGUGUGUGUGUGUGUGUGUGUGUGUGUGUGUGUGUGUGUGUGUGUGUGGCACAGACCAACUGACCAAGAACUUUUGACUGUGUUGUUCAAAUCUCAGUAUGUACACCAAAGCAAGCCUAUCUAACAUGCUGCAACACAGUGUGCUACCUUAACCCUCCAGAGACAGAUUUCAGUGUCCUCCAGCUUUCUCUUUGAACUUCGCCCUAAUGCUGACAUAGGCCAUUUCUGUCUUUGCUGUACAUUUAACAGACAAGCUCACCUCCCUAAUGGCCCUGAAAGAAGGUGUACAUCUAUCAUAUAAUACUGCCUUCCACUCCAUUAUGUCUGGAUGUAAGAUGUGGUGACAUUAUGUAUUCUUCCUGAUUCUCCUGAGCAUGCAAACUGUAGAAUGUUUCUACUUUUCUAUGCUUUGACGUAUGUCAGCUACAGUCUGUAACCUCACUGCAGCAGUCCAAUAUAUUGUUGCUUACUCACACUAUGCAUGUCACAUUGUAGAAUAGGCAUUCCGACAGACUACACAUCAUGUGAUACUGCACUAUUAAUACUAAUACACUGUUUAUAAAUCUGCAGCUGUUUUGUAUUGUUUGUUAGCUUUUAUGAGAGAAUAUUUUUACUUUCAUUUUCAUAUACUUGUCAGUGUUUGUACACAAGAAUGAAGUGAAGAAAUAGGUCAUUUUAAGCAUUAUCUUCUCGAGCAAUCACUUUGCAGAAGCAUUAAGUGCCUUUUUGUUUGUACUGAGUUGGCAUCUGAAUGACUGUUCUGGUGAUUGGAAACCAGACCUCUUUUUUGUUAUUGCUAUGGUUUAAAAAAACUGAAUUGUUUUGUAAUAUAUUUCUCAUAUUUUCAAAUAGACCAUGCAUUUCACAUUUCCUAGCUGAUGUGAGUAUAUUGAUAUACUGCAUAACUACACUGGGAUGCUGUUGAACAGUGUAUUGUGGUUCCUUUUGCCUUCAUUAAAACAUGUCUAAUAUGCUUUUUUUUUUUUUUUUAAAUAAACACAUGCAAAGUGGGCCCAUUUCUCUGAAAAUAUGUUAUAAAGUGUGUUUACAACUACCUACAGCCUAAGCAUAUUAAAGCCAUACUUUUUUUCACUAGU